ACUACGUUAAAAUGUCUGCUGUUGUUGAUGACAAUUCUUUGACAUUCAUUCCCGUUAACAAAGUUUGGAUUUUGUAAUAAUUUUCGUAUGCCGGUAGUUUUUUAAAAUCAAUCCCUAGACUAUUUUUAAGAAUUUAACCAUGGAUUUGCUGAGCCUGAUGCCGCCGGAAAUCGCCGUCAAAAUUUUCGGCUUCCUCGAACUUCGAGACCUUCUGAACUGUCAGGCAGUUAGCAAAUCUUGGUACGACCUCACGAACAAUAAUCUCGUUUGGAAGACCUUCUGGGAUCCGAAUUUGCCCCUGAAAGAAUGUCGCCCUAGAAAAGAUCUAAACUGGAUGUUCACACCGCCUUGUAAAUGGAAGAUGUAUUAUAUGAAUCAUAUGAGGAUCAUCAGAAACUGGAGAGAAGACAAAUAUAAGAGGCAUGAAAUCAAUGGAAGAUGGUUGGAGACGACCGCUUAUGACGGACAGACUCUAGUAAUUAACAAUUUCGGUUUAGAAGUAUAUAAAAUCGACAAGGGAAAUCUUGUCCACAUGCAAAAGCUAAAGUAUAAAAAAUAUGAUGCAUACAUGUGUGCCACGAAUACAAAGUAUAUUGCAGUGAAAUACCGCCCAUUUGUUCUCGUCUAUGUUCAAAUUAAUGAUCGGUAUAGGGUUUCACACAUGCUAUACAAUCAAGGCACCGAGAAAAAACUUACAUGUAUCAAACAUAUGAAACAAAUGGAUAAAAUGAACGAUAGGUUUCCAAUUUAUCCGUACUGGUCCAAUUUAAUGUGCAUUCUGGGUGAUACACUGUUUGUUUACAUGCCUCAUAUUAAGGUUUUUUACGCUUGGGAUAUGAAAAACAUGAGAUGCCUUAUGGAUGUAGAAGGUUCCAUCAGCGACUUUCUCAACGAUAAAUCUAAAGUAUACAUUUGUAGUGAUGAUCUCAUUAGUGUUUAUGAUGAAAUGGGAAAUCUUUGUUAUGAAGUGAAACCCCAUUGGCCAAUAGGAAAAGUUCACAUUAAUUACAAUAUGAUUUUAGCUGUGAAAAGCACACAAGAUCACAUGGAAGUGUGCGCUUGGGAAAAAGGGACUGGGAAGGAAAUAUUAGUGAAAACGAUAUCUGUCUCAGAUGAUUGUAUUCUUCAUCCGAGAUUAGACAUACUUCUUGAUGUAGUGGACGCAUGGCAAUUAGAGCGAAAGGAGAUUUAUGCACUAGAUUUAAAACAUGACGUUACUCUGUGGAAAACUUUGAUUGGUGAAUAUAGUCUUCUUGGGGAUUUACACAGUAUCGUUGCUGAAAGGUUUCUUCUUUUUUGUACUUAUUCAAGGCAUGUUUUUGACAUCCAUGAUACAAAAUCUGGUAAUUAUCUCUAUUCUCUUUAUGGCAUAGAUGAUGAUGAUGUUUAUGCUUCUUAUGAUAUACUUAUUUAUGCCAACCAUAAAAAUGUGAAACUUAUUGUUCAUAUUUAUUCCUAAACAAAAUUGAAAUAAUUAAUAUUUGUAUGAUAUAAAUACAUAUAUUAAUAUAGUUAAUUUAUUUUAAUACAAGCACACAAAGUAAUGUAAGAUGUUAAAUAGUCUGUGAUAAUGUAAUAUAUGUUUUUAAAAUAAGUCAGUAUUAUCAUUUAUACAAGUGUUGGAGAGAGUUCUCAAUAACAGAGUAACAAAGUGAAGUUAGGGAAAAAAAUUAUAGAUUUUGAUUGAAUUAUUACAUAUGAGAUUAACAUUUGGUUUUAUUUGAACAUGUUCAUAAUUGUAUUCAGUGUUCUACAUGUCCUCUUGUAAAAGGAGGGAUGUCUCAUGUUUUUUAUUUUAAUGAUUUAAUAACAGGGCAAAAUAUAAAACAUAAAUAUAAACUUUUGAUAGUACAUUGGGCCAAAUUACAGUGAUCUGUACCAUAAUUAUAAUUUUUUUCAUUUUUUAUACAUAACAUUGUAUGUAACAAAAUGUAGGCAUUUUUUUAGUGGUUUGUAAUUUUUUUAAAUAUUUAUAAUGCACAUGCUAAGAAAUAUUUAGCUUUGUUUAAGGAAUGUUGUGAAAUCAAAGUUAAUCAAUAAAAUUAACAAUCUUCCAUCUUUUCUAAUACAAUUAUGUUUUAAUCAUUAAGUCAUCAUAGUGUUUACAUAGUCAAUUAUCCAAUACUAGCACGAUUCUGCCACCACCCUUCUGCCAAAGUGACUUCAGGUAUUUCUUGAGUGUAUUUUUAUUUUAAUAAUGGGGAUUUGUAAGAGUAGAACCCCUGGAGUUCUGGUGUUCGCCAUUGAAAAAGCGUAAAUAGCGAAAAUAUGUGGAAGUACUUUGUGUUGGAAUUCAACGGUGCUGAGAUUUGUCUGAACCUUCGAGUGUGUCAAGUGGUUGACACCAGCACCCUUGAAAUGAAAGAGUUUUCAUUAUUGAAUAUUAAUUUUUAUCAAUAUCUUGUUCUAUCAAAUGUAACCUUAUUACAGAAACUUUCUGCAUAAUCCAUUACAUUUUUUUCUUCAAUAUAUUACAUAGAUAAUUGUAGUGUAGAAUGAUAGAUCUUGUCCAGUUCUACUAAGCAAAGCUUAUAAAUUUAUUAUGGUUGAAGCCAUAGUUUCAAUUAUUAUAAGUAGAUGUUUAAGUGCUAACAGUUUAAAUUCAUUAGAAAUUGUUUCAAAGUCCUGAUGAAGGUGAUAUAUUUUGUGAAACCUUGACUUGGAGGAAAUGAGUGUUCUAAUUUUUUUCUUUUAAAUUGGCCUUAUCCUUGAUCUUUCAAAUAAUAUAAUCAUAUCACUAUAUUUUUUUACAUAUAGGUAAUUUGCUGUCUGAAAAUCCUUUGAACAUUUCCGGUAUAUUCAUAUCUCCACCUUUUUUUCAAAUUUGUCUUGUAGGCUGUAUAACAUUCAGUGCUUGAAGUGAUGUUUUUUGUUUGGGAGAAGCUAUUACUUAAUUAUUUUAAGUGUACUCCCACUUUUUUGUUGCAAAAUUUGUCUUUAUCGUUUUUUCUAAUGAAAGUAUUAAUAAUAGAAAGUUUUUCAUUUUAAUUGGAAAAGUGUGACUAUUUGUGAAAAUUAAUUAGCCUUUUUUAAAUGUUAAAAAGAACUAAAAAAAUUGAGCUUUCAACUUAUUCUAACAUUAUCAGGGCAUGCAUUUACUACAUAUUUAAAAACAUUGAUAAAAUCUUCACUAAUUAAUUACAAACCUUACUAUAGAAAGAUUUGUAAUAAACAGAUAAAGAUAAACAUAAUAAAUAACAAGAUAGAGCUGUUUUAAUGUUUGUUUGUUCAUUUUACAUAUUUAUGAUUAUUUUUUUGACUGUUUUAUUAAUGUGUCAUGACCCCCCCCCCAUACACACAGCAACAGAGCUACCCUAGGCCAAACCAAUCUUGAUUCUAAAACCAAUUGAUUUGUUCAAAAAGGUACAUUAACAUCCGUAAUAAAUAAAAUAAUGAACACUGCAGAAUUUUCUUCCCAAACUAAAUUGUCUAAAUCAUGGGUCUGUGAUUUUUCCCCAUGUAUCAUAAAAUCUACCUUUUCAUUUUUCAUCAAAAUUUUGAAGCUAGCAAUUAAGCCAUUAAAUGGCAGUUUAAUAAAAAUAAAAAGACAACCAAUUGGACAGGCAGAUUACCAUUAAAGACCUUGGAAUCGCCUACUCUAACAACCCGACAUUUAACUUGCAUUGCUCCUCAAUAGUUAAUAAGGCACAUCAAAUUAUAAGUUUCUUACAAAGAAUUACAAAAAAAAUUAGGGACACAGAAACAAUGAUUAUCCUGUUUAAGGCUAAGGUACAUCCCAUUUUAGAAAACUGUUCAGUAGUUUGGUCACCACUUCAGAAAAUUCGAAGGAAUUCUUUAGAAAAUGUACAGAGAUAAUUUAUUCGCGCUUUAUGGUUUAAAAUUACCAGAAUAUACUUGGAUACAAUCAUACAAACUUAUUAUGGAAUCUGCAGAACUACAACUGCUAAACAUAAGACGACAAAAUAAUGACCUGAUAAUUUUCUUACAAACUUUUAAAUUAUAUGAUCGACUGCCCACAGUUAAUUCGCUAAAUUUCGAUACCCCACAGUGUUAUACCAGACAAAAAAUAUUAUUUUCGAAAUCUAAUUAUAACACAAAUUAUUUCAAAUUUAGACCGAUUCCCUCGAAUCAAGGAAAUGAGUAAUAAACUUCCUUUACAUUGUAACACUUUUUGCCUUUACUUAUUUAAAUUUAAUUUAAACAUUUUUUAAAAAAUA